AUGUUUAUCACACCAAAACCUUUAACUGAACAAGAUUAUAUUAAUUGUCUUGAACAAUUUAGAUGGAACGGUAAGGUAGUUUCUCCUUUCGAUCCUACUUCUAAAGUUUAUUCUUGUGCUAAUAAUUGGUAUAAAUGUAAGAACACUGGUAGACGUUUUAAUGUCAGAACUGGAACUUUUUUAAAAGGCAGUAUUUCAGUUCAUCAACUAGUUAAGAAAAUUAAGGUUGAUAUAAAGACAACUCAUUUUAUAAUAACACGUUUGAAUGGUGCUUCGGAGCGUGGUUUAUUUAAUAUAUUUGCUGAAGUAAAAAAAGAUUUUAAAAAGUUAACGGGAACUGUUGAAAUUGAUGAAACUAGAGCAACAGAAAGAGGAAAGGAUGGCAGAACCCUUGCCUUUAUUGUCGAUGAUACCAAACGAAAAACCCUCGAGGAGUUAGUCAGAGUUUAUAUUGAAGAGAAAAGUGAGAUUAACAGCGAUGAAAAUCCUAGUUAUAAUAAUUUAGGCAAAUGA